AACCACCAAUUUGGCCGUUUAUGAGGCUUGAGGAGUGGAGAGGACAGAGCCCAAAAGACGCACCGAAUGUUCUGAACACACCCACUACUCUCACUCCAGCCAAACCAUGUCCAUUUCCAUGGCCUUGUUUUCCCCUCCGACCCAUCCUCCAUCCCUCUCUCGCUCUAUACCUCCCAAUUCCAAACCCCACAUCAACCUCAAACCCCACCUCUCUCUCAGUCCACUCAAGAACCCUGUCUUCCUCCUUUCCACCGUCAGGGCCUCGUCUGAUAAUGAGGUUGGAGCUUCCGCCUCAGCUGCCACUGCACCAGAACCAGAAGCAGACCAGAAGGUCCCGGAACCUCCCCAUCCGAUGGCUGAGAAGGAUGAGAGCUCUGCUGGAACCAAUGGGUUUUCGGGGGCAGCGGAAGCAGGAGAAGUUGCGGUCGUUAGUAAGUAUGGGGACACCAGAUGGAUUGGAGGGACUUGGGACUUAAAGCAGUUUGAGAAAGAUGGAAAGACUGACUGGGACGCUGUUAUUGAUGCUGAGGCUAAGAGGAGAAAAUGGCUAGAAAAUAACCCAGAAUCAUCCAGUAAUGAUGACCCUAUAAUUUUUGACACAAGCAUCAUACCUUGGUGGGCAUGGAUAAAAAGGUUCCAUCUACCUGAAGCAGAACUACUUAAUGGCCGUGCUGCAAUGAUAGGAUUCUUCAUGGCUUAUCUGGUUGAUAGCUUGACUGGGGUAGGUUUGGUUGACCAAAUGAGCAAUUUCUUUUGUAAAACUCUGUUGUUUAUAGCGGUUACUGGAGUUCUGGUGAUCCGGAAGAAUGAGGAUAUAGAAAACUUAAAGAAGUUGGUGGAAGAGACGACCUUUUAUGACAAGCAAUGGCAAGCAACCUGGCAGGACGAGACGCCUGGCAGUUCCAAGAAUUGAAUUGUUAAAUUGCUCUUCAUGAGUUUGCCCCCCUAAAAGAUAAAUUCUCAUGAGCAUCUUAUUUUGCAUUGUGUCAUGGUAGUUACUCUGUUAUGGUGAAGAAUGAUGAUUUCAAUUCCUGUCAAUCGUAUUUUAAUCUUAUUUUGCUAGUUCUUGCGCA